ACUUGUAGGAAAACAUAACCUGCAAAACAUGCAUAACAUGCAUUCAUAUGCAUCGUGCGGCGAAGCCGUCGUUCCAAAAAUAACUGGCAAUGAUCUUGUUCAUGGAUAUGUCAACUCGUGUGUGCGCUAAAGAGUCGAGUAACUGUUGACAUUAUUUCAUUUUCAACGGCAAACAUGAAAUUCGCAGAGCAUCUAAGUGCUCACAUUACGCCAGAAUGGAGGAAGCAGUACAUCAACUACGAGGUGCAGUUUCAGGACGGGAAAAUUCUCUAUACAAUAUUCUGUGUAUUUUGUAUUUAUGUGUUUCGAAAUGAAGGCUCUGUUGUACGCUGCUAUGGAGCAGGCUCCAUCAGCAGAUGUGAGCGAAACACAUGUACUAGAAAGCUACUUCAGCAAAUUUGACGAAAAGUUUUUCCAUUAUUGUGAUAAGGAGCUUACCAAAAUAAAUACCUUUUAUUCUGAGAAGCUAGCAGAGGCCACACGUAGAUUUUCUACUCUCAACAAUGAACUAAGUGAGAUUUUAUCAGUUUCUGAGGAUACUCAAACUGGCAAUCACAAGAUACGCUAUCGUAGUCAUAUCUUGCACAAGAAACCAGUAUCAGCAAGCAAACUACAGAAGUUAAAAUGGGCAUUCUCUGAGUUCUACCUUUCAUUGAUUCUGCUGCAAAAUUAUCAGGAUCUGAAUUUCACUGGAUUCCGAAAAAUCUUGAAGAAGCAUGAUAAACUAUUAAACGUAGACAUCGGUGCAAAAUGGCGAGCGGAACACGUCGAUAUAGCAAUUUUCCACACGCGCACGGACAUAGACAGGCUCAUCACGGAAACCGAGACUUUGUUUACGCGAGAUCUGGAACAAGGUGACCGUCAACGCGCGAUGAAACGGCUCAGAGUGCCUCCGCUUGGAGAACAUCUUUCGCCAUGGAUUACUUUUAAAGUCGGCCUCUUCUCCGGCGCAUUCAUCAUACUUUUUAUAGCUGUGGCAAUUUCUGCUAUGCGAUACAAAAACAACAACAAUUGGAGGGUGCUCUGCCGGAUUUAUCGUGGACCACUUCUCAUGAUAGAGUUCCUCUUUCUCAUGGGCGUCAACGUUUACGGCUGGAGGUCCUCUGGCGUGAAUCACGUGCUGAUAUUCGAGCUCGACCCGCGCAAUCAUUUGUCAGAGCAGCAUAUCAUUGAAAUGGCAGCCAUACUCGGCCUAGUUUGGUCCAUGUCUAUUCUGGGUUUUUUCUACAGCGACACGUUAUGUAUACCGCCGUUUGUUCAACCAGUGCUGUUUUACGCGCUGCUGGCCUUAUUUCUGUUCAAUCCCACCAAGACGCUGCGCUACGAGGCCAGAUUCUGGACGUUACGUGUUCUAGGUCGCAUCUUCUGCGCGCCUUUCUUCUAUGUGGGCUUCGCGGACUUCUGGCUCGCCGACCAGCUCAACUCCCUUCACACGGUCUUCCUGGAUUUCCAAUAUUUUGUCUGCUUCUAUAUCCAGAACUCCUCUUGGACUGAUGUAACAGAUGCGGAGACAUGCAUAGUGCGUGAGUUGUCGAUGAGACCGUUCGUCGCGUGUUUGCCGGCGUGGUUCCGACUUGCGCAGUGUCUCAGACGUUAUCGAGACACUAAGGAGGCCUUCCCGCAUCUGGUGAAUGCGGUGAAGUACGCGACGAGCUUCUUCGUAGUUAUCUUCUCCUAUCUGCACUUGAGGAACGCAAAAUACUACGCACUGUCCACUGAGAAUCCCUACUUCUACUUGUGGCUGACAGUCAGUGUGGUGAGUUCUUGCUUUACAUACACGUGGGACGUGAAAUUGGACUGGGGUCUCUUCGACAGCAGAGCUGGAGAGAACAAGUUUCUCAGGGAAGAGAUAGUUUAUUCGUCACCUUAUUAUUACUACUUCGCGAUAGUUGAGGAUUUUAUCUUGCGAUUCGGAUGGGCGUUUUCCUUAUCCCUGACGGAAAUGGGACACGUUCACGCGGAUCUUAUGGUUUCUAUAGUCGCCCCGUUGGAAGUCUUCCGGCGUUUCAUGUGGAACUUCUUUCGCUUGGAGAACGAGCACCUGAACAACUGCGGGAAGUUCAGGGCGGUGCGGGACAUUUCGGUCGCGCCAGCCGACUAUUCGGAUCAGACGCAGAUACUGCGAAUGAUGGACUCCACUGACGGUGUGAUCAAUCGUAGGAAGAAACAGAAAGUCGAAGAAAAGCGUAAGCCGAUCCGGUUACUGCUGAUGGGCGAGUCGCUGUUGGACGACAAUUAAGGAGAUGAUAUAAACACCGAUUACCUUCAUCUUGACUGCGAUUACCAAAUAAUCAAGCUAAUAAAAAGGAGAAAAUCCCGUGAGGAUUUAGGAUAUCGCCAUAGGGUCGGGUCUCUAAGCUGUCGCAUUCACACUAUUUGCAUAUGAAACGUUAAUUAGACGUAUUACAGUCUUUUUCUUCCUCUCGACGUGAUUAAAAAUUACAACUAUCUGUAAGUGUAACGAAUCGAUGUAAUUCUGCGCUGGAGACGCGCGACGGCACUCGCAAAUCAAAAGGAAGGCUGCGUUGACGAACGUUGACAACUGAUGUAUUCUUACUCCGCGCAGUCGCUACUUGUACCUCGAUGAAAUAAAUGCUUGUUAUCAAGCGGAAAUGCGUCUCAACUAGUAAGGACGAUGGUAUACGAAGAU